AUGUCAAUGCUUAGAGCCUCUCGUGCUUCCAUUCUGCGGUCGCAAAAGUCUCUGAAUAGAUCGCUGGCCACUGCCGCUUCUUCAGACUUCUUCGCAGUCCCACAAGAGUUCAAGUCCCGAACACCCCCCUAUGAGGCUUUGCUUAACCGUCUGUCCAUCGUCAAGUCCAUUCUCAAUGACCAGCCUUUGACUUUGGCCGAGAAGAUUCUCUACUCGCACUUGGUCGACCCCACAGAGUCCCUCACCUCCUCAAAUACUAAGGACAUUCGUGGUCAAGCUUACCUCAAGCUUAACCCAGACCGUGUUGCCAUGCAAGAUGCUUCUGCCCAAAUGGCUCUUCUUCAGUUCAUGACCUGCGGUAUGCCCUCUACUGCUGUUCCUGCUUCCAUCCACUGUGACCACUUGAUUGUGGGCCACGACGGUGCUGACCAGGAUCUUCCCCGCUCUAUUGCUGCCAACAAGGAAGUUUUUGACUUUUUGCAAUCAUGCGGUAAAAAGUACGGUAUCCAGUUCUGGGGUCCCGGCUCAGGUAUUAUCCACCAAAUCGUCCUCGAAAACUUUUCUGUCCCUGGUCUCAUGAUGCUUGGUACUGAUUCUCAUACCCCUAACGCCGGCGGUCUUGGUGCCAUCGCCAUUGGUGUUGGUGGUGCCGAUGCUGUCGAUGCCCUCACAGGUACCCCCUGGGAACUCAAGGCCCCCAAGAUUCUCGGUGUCAAGCUUACUGGCCAACUGAGUGGCUGGUCGGCCCCCAAGGACGUCAUCACUCACCUCGCAGGUCUUCUUACUGUCCGUGGUGGUACUGGCUCCAUCAUUGAGUACUUUGGUGAAGGUGUUCAAACUCUUUCUUGCACUGGUAUGGCCACCAUUUGCAAUAUGGGUGCCGAGCUUGGUGCCACCACCUCCACCUUCCCCUACACUGCUUCCAUGCAAAGAUACCUCACCGCCACUCACCGUGCUCCCAUUGCCGAGGCUGCCCAACGCGUCAAUGACAAGUUUGGUUUCCUACGUGCUGACGAAGGUGCUGAGUAUGACCAGGUUGUUGAAAUCGACCUGUCCACCCUCGAGCCUCACGUGAAUGGUCCCUUCACUCCAGAUCUCGCUACCCCCAUCUCCAAGUUUGCCGAGACCGCUAAGGAGAAGGAAUGGCCCGCUGAAAUCUCUGCAGGUCUUAUUGGCUCCUGCACAAACUCUUCUUACCAGGACAUGACCCGUGCUGCUUCCAUCAUUGCUGAGGCUACCAAGAACGGUCUCAAGCCCAAGAUCCCCUUCUUUGUGACCCCUGGUUCGGAACAGAUUCGCGCCACCAUUGAACGUGACGGUCUUACCAAGACUUUUGAAGAUGCUGGUGCCAAAAUCCUAGCCAAUGCCUGCGGUCCAUGCAUUGGUCAAUGGGAUCGUUCCACCGAAUCGCUUUAUGCCGACAAUAAGGAAGAAAAGACUCCCAGAAACUCCAUCUUCACUUCCUUCAACAGAAACUUCCGUGCCCGUAACGAUGGUAACCCCAACACCUUCAACUUCUUGACAUCACCUGAAAUCGUGACAGCCAUGAUUUACGCCGGUAGCACCAACUUCAACCCCCUCAAGGACACCAUUGUGACUGAGAGCGGCAAGGAGUUCAAGUUCUCCCCUCCUCCUCUUGCCAAGGAGCUCCCUGAUGUUGCCGAUGGUGGCUUCACCAAGGGCCCCCGCUCACAGUACUACCCUGAGACUGACCCCACGCCCGUUCCUGAGACUGAGGUUGUUGUUUCACCUACCUCUGAUCGUUUAAGUUUGCUUGAGCCCUUUGAGCCCUUUGAUAACAAGGAGAUUUCAGCCAACGUUUUGCUCAAAGUCCAGGGCAAGUGCACAACUGACCACAUUUCUGCCGCUGGUGUGUGGCUCAAGUACAAGGGACAUUUGGAAAACAUUUCCUACAACACACUGAUUGGUGCCCAGAACAAGGAGAAUGGCAAGGUCAACGUUGUUGAGGACUUUGAUGGAAAGGAGAUGUCUAUUCCAGAUCUCAUGAUCAAGUGGAAGGAAGAGGGCCGCCCUUGGUUGGUUGUUGCUGAGCACAACUACGGUGAGGGAUCUGCUCGUGAACACGCUGCUCUGUCACCACGUUUCCUUGGUGGUAAGAUCAUUCUUGUCAAGUCAUUUGCGCGUAUCCACGAGACCAAUCUUAAGAAGCAGGGUGUUUUGCCCUUGACUUUUGCCAAUGAGGCUGACUAUGAUCGGAUCAGCUCCACUGAUAAGAUUGAGACUUUGGAUCUGCUCGAUAUGCUGGAAAAGGAUGGCAACAAUGGCGGUGAGCUCAAGCUUCGUGUGACCAAGCAGGACGGUACCACUUUUGACAUUACAACUAAGCACACCAUGUCCAAGGAUCAGGUUAACUUUUUCAAAGCCGGAUCUGCCAUUAAUUACAUUGGCAAUCAGCGCAAGGCCCAGCUUGCCAACAAGCAGUAA